AUGUCUUUGAUAUGUGUGCGACGUCGUGUCGCUGCUCAAGCAUAUCGCUAUGCAAGCCAGAAAGCGGCGAUUACAAGCAUUAUUUAUAAACGAAGUCUUCAUGAAUAUCUGGUAAUGGUGAACGACACCAAAGCAAUCAAGAAUCUUGGGCCUCAAGUCAAGGCCACAUUUGCGGGCGAAGUGUUGGAAGAAUCUUCAAGUCCAAAGAGCAUUUUCGCAUGCCGAGCUGCCAGCGUGAAGGCUGUUGAGGAAGCAUUGAAAGAAAGUGGUGACCAUGACAUGGCCACUGUAAAGAUAUUUCCACUGGAGACGGUUCAUACGAGUGCUCUAGAAGGAUCGUGA